AGUACCUACACUGAACCUGUAGCAUAUACAUCUAGUGCGUAUGAUGCUUCCCCAGCUACCCAGUCCUUGUUCUUCCAUCAUGCACCGCACAACCAGUCUCGUGUUCACCACCCUCCUCAUCAUAUGCAUCGCUUCUUUUUCACAAGUGGUGCAAGCACUAGCACUCCAACCCGAGCUUGUUCAUGCCCAUGGUGGCGCAUGCAUCCCAGCCGAGAGGGCCGCCUUGCUCUCCUUCAAGAAGGGCAUCACAAAUGACGGCGCUCAUGUCCUCGCCUCGUGGCACGGACAGGAUUGCUGUGGUGGAGGGGCGUCAGUUGCAGCAACCGAACAGGCCAUGUCAUCAAGCUACACCUUCGUCGCAGUACAGUUCAGGACCCUGACGACUAUUAAUAUGAUGGGGCCAACUGGUCAUAUUCCUCAGUUCUUGGGGUCCAUGGAGAAUUUGAAAUAUAUUAACCUCUCCGGUAUUCCAUUUACCGGUAGAGUUCCUUCUCAACUUGGUAACCUGUCCAAGUUGCAGCAUCUUGACCUUGGCCAGGUUGAUUAUUCUGGGUUGUCCUCAAUGGACAUCACCUGGUUAACAAAGCUACCAUUGCUGCAGCACCUUAGCAUGAGCGGAAUAGAUCUCUCAAUGAUAGCUGACUGGCUUCACACUUUGAAUAUGAUUCCAUCUCUAAGGGUUAUCAAUCUUGUUGCAUGCUCACUUGAUACUGCAAGCCAAUCGCUUCCCUACCUUAACCUCACAAAACUUGAGAAGCUUGAUCUUUCUUAUAAUAAUUUGGACCACUCAAUUGCAUCAAGUUGGUUUUGGAAAGUGACAACCCUCAAAUACCCCAGUCUUCGUCUGAAUCAGUUAUUUGGAAAGUUUCCGGAUGCACUAGGAAAUAUGACGUCACUCAAGGUACUUGAUUUGUCAGAAAACAAUCUGAAUAAGACUGGAAACCUUAAAAAUCUUCUUAUUAAUCUUUGUCAUUUGGGAAUACUGGACCUCUCACAUAAUUCUAUGAAUGGAGAUAUAGUGGUGUUGAUGGAAGGGUUGCAAUGCGCACCGGAAAAAUUGCAAGAGUUGCAUUUCAGUGAUAACAAUUUCAUGGGGACCCUGCCGAAUGUUGUAGGGGAAUUCAGCAGCUUGAACAUACUUGACAUGUGCAACAACAACCUUGUUGGACUUAUACCACUAGGGCUUUGGAAUUUGGUGCGUUUAACUUACCUUGAUCUCAGCAUGAAUCAGCUCAAUGGGAAUGUACCAACUGAAAUUGCUGCUCUUACUGCUCUAACCUAUUUGGUCAUAUUUAGCAACAACUUGACCGGAAGUAUACCAGCCGAGCUUGGAACACUGAAGCAUUUGACUACCCUUUCUCUCAAAGACAACAAAAUUAUUGGACCUAUACCACCAGAAGUUAUGCAUUUAACAAGCUUAACCGCCCUAGACCUCUCCAGUAAUCACCUCAAUGGAAGUGUACCUAAUGAAUUAGGUUAUCUGAAGGAUAUGGUUGGACUGGACCUAAGCAACAACAACCUUAGUGGUGUGAUCAUGGAAGAACACUUCGCAAACCUAAAAAGUUUAAAGAACAUAUACUUGUCUUCCAAUAGUUUAAGGAUUGUUGUGGAUUCAGAUUGGCAUUCUCCCUUUUCGCUACAGAUUGCAGAUUUGGCAUCUUGCCAAAUCGGUCCUCUCUUUCCAGCCUGGCUUCAGCAGCUGCGGGGAAUCACUCAUCUUGACAUCUCAAGCACCGGUUUAGUGGACAAGUUUCCUGGUUGGUUUUGGUAUACGUUUUCACAGGCAACAUAUCUCGAUAUGUCUAACAACCAAAUAAGUGGCAGCUUGCCAGUGUAAACUAUUGUCGAAGCGUCUCAACUCCCUGGAGGGGAGCCCGCGUGUAUAUAUAUUGAUAGUGAGGGGAGAACCUCUCGAGAGGGCAACAGGUCGUACGGUUAGAGGACUAACCGAGAGUUUACAGCAGAUAGGGAAUAGAGAUAGAUUACAACACCUUUAAACAGAAAAGAAACAUAUCCCUGUAUCCUAGAAGUAGCGCUCAAGACAUCUCUCGGAGGCCCAUGCUAUUGCAUGUUUAACACCCUCCCUUAAUCUAAACUCCUCAAGUUGAGAUUACGUUUAAACUCUUCAAACGGUCUUGUAGCUAAGGCUUUUGUGAAACCAUCUGCAACUUGAUCUCUGGAGGGUACAAAACGAAUGUCCAAUUCCUUGUUAGCAACUCGUUCUCUGACAAAAUGAUAAUCUAUCUCAAUGUGUUUAGUUCUUGCAUGAAACACAAGAUUAGCAGACAAAUAUGUGGCACCAAGAUUGUCACACCAGAGACAAGGAGUUUGUGUAUGACGAAGACCAAGUUCCUUAAGAACAGCUUGCACCCAAAUAAUUUCUGACGUUGCAUUUGCCAAUGCCUUAUACUCUGCCUCAAUACUGGACCGUGAAACUGUAGCCUGUUUCUUUGCACACCAUGAGAUCAAAUUAGGACCAAAGAAAACUGCAAAUCCUCCUGUUGACCUUCUGUCAUCCACACAACCUGCCCAGUUAGAGUCUGAAAACGCACUCACAAGUGUGGAUGAGGACUUACUGAAGGUCAAUCCGACACUCAAAGUAUUUUUCACAUUUCUCAAUAUACGUUUUGCUGCAGUCCAAUGGGCAGUAGUGGGUGCAUGAAGAAACUGGCAAACCUUAUUGACUGAAAAAGAAAUAUCAGGUCUAGUAAGAGUCAAGUACUGUAGUGCACCUACCAAACUUCUGUAGUUGGUGCCAUCUCCUGACUCAAAGGUUCACCUUCAGUGAGAGAGAGUCUUUCUGAACUGGACAAGGGUGUUGGUGAAGGUUUACAAUUCUGCAACCCAACUCUCCUCAAAAGAUCAGUUGCAUAUUUUUCCUGAGAAAGAUGAAGACCACCUUCCUUAUUUUUCUUGACCUCAAUACCAAGAAAGAAGUGCAAAUCUCCUAGAUCCUUGAGAGCAAAUUCUGAAUUCAAAUCUGUCAAGAGAGCUGUCACUGCUUUAUCUGAAGAACUUGUCACAAUAAUAUCAUCAACAUAAAUAAGCACAAAUAUUGCUGUAUGAGACUUGUUGUAGAUGAACAGUGAAGUAUCAGACUUUGAAGGAACAAAACCAAGCUGUUGCAGUUUCAUACUUAAACGGGAGUAUCAUGCUCUAGGAGCCUGCUUCAGCCCAUAGAGAGAUUUGUCAAGUCUGCACACAUGAUAUGGUUUGUUCUUAUCUUCAAACCCAGGAGGUUGCUUCAUAUACACUUCCUCUUCCAGAACACCAUGAAGAAACGCAUUCUGCACAUCUAGCUGCCUGAGACUCCAUCCUCUAGAUACAGCAAUAGACAAUACAAGACGAAUGGUAGCAGCUUUAACAACUGGACUGAAAGUAUCCUCGUAGUCUAUGCCAUACCUUUGCUUGAAGCCCUUAGCAACAAGCCUAGCUUUGUAACGAUCUAUUGUACCAUUAGACCAUCGUUUGAUUCUGAACACCCACUUGCAAUCAAUCACAUUUUUGCCUUGUCGUGAAGGAACCAAAUGCCAAGUACGAUUUUUUGAAGGGCCUGAAAUUCAUCAUCCAUGGUUGUCUUCCACUUCGGAUCAGCAAGAGCCUCAUGAUGUGUGCGUGGUUCACCUGUGGAUGCAGCCAAACCAAAUUUUGUUUUGUAAUUUAUAGGCUGAAUAACACCUGCUUGGAGACGUGUACGUGGAACCAAUCCUGGCGAUGAAGCAGGUCGUAGCGCAGAAGAUCCAGAGAAAUAUACACACGACCAGUUGGAAUAUCUAGACAUUUGACACCCUUGUGUUGAGCACUAUAGCCAAGAAACACGCAUUGUUGUGAGCGAAACAUGAGUUUGCGAGCAUUGUAGGGACGAAGAUUAGGCCAACACGCACACCCAAAAACACGAAGUGUAGUAUAAUCAGGGGUGACAUGAAGAAGACGUUCAGUGGGAGUUUCAUUGGCAGUAGUGCGACUAGGCCACAUGUUGAUAAGAUGGACAGCAGUAAGAAAGGCUUCGUCCCAAAACUUUAAAGGCAUGGAGGCCGCAGCUAGGAGAGCUAGGCCUACCUCAACAAUGUGUCUAUGUUUCCGUUCUGCGGAACCAUUUUGCUGAUGGGCGUGGGGGCAGGACACAUGAUGAGAAAUACCUAUCUUUUGAAAAAAAGAAUUCAGCUUCUCAUAUUCCCCACCCCAAUCAGAUUGCACGACAAUGAUUUUGCUAUCAAACUUGCGUUCUACGAGAGCUUGGAAAUUGUGAAAGACUUGAAAAACAUCCGAGCGUUUUUUAAGAAGAUAAAUCCAGGUAUACUUGCUAAAAUCAUCAACGAAACUUACAUAGUAAGAAUGUCUACCAACCGAAGUGGGUGCAGGACCCCAUACAUCAGAAAAAAUAAGUUGUAAAGGUUUGGUAGAUACACUAGUGGAAACAGGCUACGGUAAUUGAUGACUUUUUGCUCUUUGACAUGAAUCACAAAUAGUUUCUGAAUCUCUCUCACCAACAACUGGGAGUUUAUUUCUACUAAGAAUUUGAUGAAUAGUGGAAAAAGACGGAUGACCUAAACGACUGUGCCAUCUUUCAGCGGAGAGUUUGAUGGCACCAUAGACUUGUUUAUUAAACUUGCAGUAUUGAGGAAGCAACGCAUAUAGCCCUUGAAUACAGACACCCCUAUGGAGAACUCUCUUCAUGGCCUGGUCCUUGAUAAAAAAAAUAGGGGUGAAAUUCUAGAAAGACAUUAUUAUCAAGAGCAAUGCGAUGGACUGAAAGAAGGGUUUUGGAAGCAUUAGGAACAUGUAAGAUUUCUUUUAGGACAAGAUCUUUAUGUGGGGUUUUGAUGAUUGAUUGACCAAUACGAUUAAUCUCCAUACCUGCACCAUUAGCGGCGGUGUAGAUCUGAUUGUGGCCACGAUAUUUGUCAUGCAUGGUCAGCUUCUCCAACUCUCCAGUAAUAUGGUUUGUUGCACCCGUGUCCAUGUACCAAUUGGUAUCAACACCAUAUGAUCCUUCUGCUGCAGCUGCUAUUUCCUUUUUCUGGGAGUUGUCAUCGGCGUAGCGCCAAUCACAAUCCUUAGCAAUGUGGUUUGUUUUCUUACAUAUUUGGCACUUGCCUUCAUAGCCCUCAUAGCCUUGGAAGGGGCGCCGGUUGUUGUUGGAGGUGGAUCGUCGAUUGUUGUUGCUACCAUUGUUGUUGGAGGAGUGAUAGUAGC